GCCGUGGGGUUAGUUUUCGGCCGCCUUCGGUAUUGUGAUUUGUGAUUAAAAUUUCGUUCGGUCUGGCUCCGUUGUUUAUACGUUUGUUAGCAACUUAGCUUUUCACCCCGUGUAAACCAUUAAUCGUAAACCUGCAAUAUAAAAUAUAUGCACAUUUAUGUGGUAUUAAAAUUAAAAGAGUGAACAACAUUUGUAAUUUCCUCCAUUUAUUUCUACGUUAACUAACAUAAAUACGGUGUUUUGACUAUAUUCAGUUAUUCGUUGGCGUCACAAGAACGUAACGGAAAACCGGAGUUUUCGAACAGGACAAUGAGCGAAGAAGAACAACUUCCGACCGGAUGGGAGAAGCGAGUGAGCCGGUCUACCGGUCAAACUUAUUAUUUAAACUUAUUAACUAAAGAAAGCCAAUGGUCUGUACCAACAAAACCAGCAUCAGAAAAUACAGGCUCAACUAAUUCUGGUCCCGAACAAGUACAAUGUAGUCAUUUAUUGGUUAAACAUGAAAAAUCACGGCGACCGUCAUCGUGGCGGGAAGAACGUAUUACUAGAUCAAAAUCUGAAGCAAUUGACAUCAUUAAAUCUUAUCGCGAACAAAUUGUUUCCGGCAAAGCAUCAUUUGCUGAACUUGCCCAGAAAUAUUCUGAUUGUAGUUCAGCCAAACGUGGUGGUGAUUUGGGACCAUUUACUAGAGGCACAAUGCAAAAGCCAUUUGAAGAUGCAUCAUUUGCAUUAAAAAUUGGAGAGCUUAGCGAACCUAUUCAUACUGAUUCUGGUGUACACAUAAUUUUACGUACAGCUUGAUCACGAAUAACUGUUUUCUUUUAUAAUUCAAACUUUUGCCUUUUCUAAUUUAUUGUUUAUUUCUGAGACACAAUAAUAUGUAUUGGUUGCCUUAUUUAAUACUGAUUGCCAUUUAUAAAUAUUUUGUUUUGUAUUCUUUAUUUUCAACUGCUAUAAUUGUUUCUCAAAUAACAGUAAUAUUAUAAUACAAAUAAAAAUGUAGAACAUUUAUAGUUACAGAAUAUUCAUGACAGUUUUGAAAUAUUACUCUGCUUAUAUUUUUUUAUA